ACAGUUUUAUCUUUCUGCCUCAUCAACUUUUAAUUAUUUAAAUUUGAAAAGCAAAAUGCACUGUAGCUAGAUCUUCAAACCUUGCUGUAACUUACCUGAAGUGGAAUGUGGUUGUGUCUCACCCUACCGUGGAGAAGUAGACUGUCCAACCCCACCAUUUAUGUGAUCAUAUCAGUGAUCCCCAAAACAUAGAUAGACAAACAAUACUUGGCACCGAAGCCCUAUUUUGAUUGAACAAGAACAGGGUAGUAAGUGACACUUCUUACCUCUCUUCAUGCAUCUCCAUCAGAGGGAUUUUCGGGGUCACCCACUGGCCUCCCCAGACCUCACAGCCAGUGUGGAUUUUCAAGAUGGCUCUCUGUGGGGAAGAGCUGUGGGAGAGAGAAGCAAAUGGUUUUUGUCUAACUCUGUAGACUCCCUGAGCCCAUAACUGCUGAAUAAAGAGAACAGUAAAAGCAGUUGAACCUGGGAUUCACACUGAAAAUCGCUGAGGGGAAGGCAUCGUUUUGUUACAGCCUGGAAAACAUGAAUUUCCAUUUCGCUUUCAGCUGCCUUCUGAACCUUUGGUGACCUCAUUUACGGGAAAAUACGGAAGUAUCCAGUACUGUGUGAGGGCAGUUUUGGAACGACCCAGGGUACCUGAUCAGAGUGUAAAACGGGAACUCCAGGUUGUGAGCCACGUUGAUGUCAACACCCCAGCAUUAUUGACCCCUGUAUUAAAAACUCAAGAAAAAAUGGUUGGCUGCUGGUUAUUCACUUCUGGUCCAGUCUCGCUGAGUGCCAAAAUUGAACGAAAGGGCUACUGUAACGGAGAAGCUAUUCCCAUUUAUGCAGAAAUAGAAAAUUGCUCAUCACGACUGAUUGUUCCCAAAGCAGCUAUUUUCCAAACCCAGACCUACUUGGGUAGUGGAAAAACAAAGACCUUCCGCCACAUGGUAGCUAACGUCCGAGGGAACCACAUCGCCUCCGGGAGCACAGAUAUAUGGAAUGGGAAGACUCUGAAAAUCCCACCUGUGACUCCCUCCAUCCUGGAUUGUUGCAUUAUCAGGGUGGACUAUUCCUUAGCUGUGUACAUUCACAUUCCUGGUGCUAAAAAGCUGAUGCUCGAGCUGCCUUUGGUCAUUGGCACGAUUCCGUAUAAUGGCUUUGGCAGCAGGAACUCCAGCAUCGCCAGCCAGUUCAGCAUGGACGUGAGCUGGCUGACGCUGACCCUGCCAGAGCAGCCUGAAGCACCACCAAAUUAUGCGGACGUGGUGUCGGAGGAAGAAUUUUCUAGACACAUUCCUCCUUACCCUCAGCCCCCAGACUGUGAGGGAGAAGCGUGCUAUCCAAUGUUCGCCUGCAUACACGAGUUCCGCUUUCAGCCUCCACCUCUCUACUCAGAGGUUGAUCCACAUCCUGGUGACAUAGAAGAGACCCAGCCUGUUUCCUUCAUUCUCUGAAUGAACAUGUUUUAGAAAUCACUGUGCUCAUUAUCAAAUUGGAAUGUUGCCCCUUUCCCCCCUGCCUUUUCGGGGGAGAGUGCAGAAAGAUUAACUUAAGACCACAAACAAACAUCAAGACUGAAGGCAGUAGAACUUAAAGACUGCUAGAGCUUUCUAGUGGACCAAGACAAUGGUCACACAAGUUUCUCUGAUGGCCGUCUGUCGCCUUUGGGAAUGGGAUGAGGUGAGAAGGAGAAGUGGAGGUGCUGGUGGAGGCAGAGCAAGUGAGGGAGGCCUGCUGGUCGGCGAGGAGGGAUUCUGUGGAGUGGAAACCAGAGCGGGGAAGCCGCAGAGGCUUGGCAAAGAGAAGCAGAUGCAUUGUGAACUAAGGCAGUGUGGACUCUCUAGGCAGACGUGGUUUUGAGAGUGUAGCCGCGUAGACACCCCCGGAAGUGGCCUACUCUGAGCAGCCAGAUCGUCAGGUCCGGGGUCCUUGCGAUUGCCUGUCACACUGCCACCUCACAGGUCAAGGUCCUGGCAGGUCCCCUUUCUUGAGAUCACGGUCACGUAAGGUCCUAAACAGGUAACACAGUUUUCAUUCUUUCCUUACUGGGUUAAAAAAAUCUACUUUCUAAAUUGGCUCUACAGUAUUAGGAAACUCAGAAGCUUUCUUGAAACGUUUGCCACUUCAAAUGGGAAAGAUAAAUUUAAGCAUGAAAAUGUGUUGUGUUGAAAAAUGUAAUUUUGGUACCUUGAAGUACUUAAACAGGAUUCGUUUGGUUGUCCUCAUAUCUUAAUUAUCUAAGGGCACGGCAGGAAAAGGAAGAGGAAAGAAAAAGUCACAUCUUAGGAUGCCCGGAUAACCACACAGUCACAAAAAGGCAUUAUCUUAACCUACCUCUAGUGGGGUUAUCAGAUAGAUUUUCAAAACUCUAGACUUGGUGAACCUUAUUUGGCAUUUCUGCUAUUUAUAGUAGCAGUCUUAUCUCACCUAUCAUCUAAUCUGAAAUUAAGCCAAGGGAAAAAAUCUGUAAGGUUGGCAUUAAGUGGAAAUAAAUACAUGAAUACCUAAAGGCAUUUCAAAAUAAAUGUAAACUCAAAAGAAGGAAAAAAUGCUACUUUUUGAGGAAAAAGGGCAUAAUUUAAUUUCCUGUUAAGAGGCUUAACAGACUGAUGGCAGUCACUAAUACAUUGUGAUUCCAUUUAAUUAGUAAUUGUAUUUAAACUGUGACUUUCUUUUUCGUUUUGGUGCAAUAUUUUGUUGUCAUUUAACCUCAGGAUAUUCAGACCAACAGGAUUGUGUUGCUGCUCGAAGUUUCAGCAGUGUUUUUAUUGUCCCCUGUCCCCUCCUAUUCAUGGUCACACGGUCAUGCGCUCACUGGCUUUUCCCUCGAUCUGCUAGUGUGAGCAGAGGCCACUUCUGGAUCCUAAGGGAAAGGGAGCUGGGGCUUCCCAGCCUAGAAGCUUGGGGCCAGCUGGCUCCUAGGGACUGACCCAGAAACCCUGGUGCUUCCAAGGCAGAUACUGUACUCCAUUCGCUAACAUGAUUAGUGUGUUCACUUAGAACUAGAAAAGCACUUCUGCAGUUAAACUCUGUCUUUAAAAAUCAGUUGGCCAUUUGAUCAGGGAAUUUUUUCUGUAAGCAUUAGGUGAGUGUGAGCUUUCCCCUUGGCUGCACUGCCCAUCUCUGCGAUGUGAAGCAUCGGACCCAUUUCUUCAUUUUCAGCCCCAUCCACAGUCACUGCACGUGUGGCGAACCCAGGAAUUGUGAACAGUCCUCACCAAACUUAACUCCUUGCUUUGGUUUUUAAAGGUCUUUUACUUUGCUUUGUUAUUUUGUAUGUCUUUCAACAGCGUAUUUAAUUGCUGUCCAAGCAGCUCAUUUCUGCUAUUUAUUAAAUUCAAAGAUAUUGUUUACAUGCCGUGUCAAGACACCAUUAUGUCCGUCUCUGUGAAACCAAAACAAGGGGAUAGAAAAACUCAAGCAGAAUGGACAGAGAAAGUUUAAUUAUUUGACUUCGUUUAGAAAAGCAACCACUUAGUGGAAUCAUUCAGUAGGAUAGCUUUAUCUUUUUGAUUAGAGAGAUUAUGAACCCUGUCCAGGAUGAUUGACAUUUAAGGGAAUAGGUCAAAAGGAUUACUUGGUAUUCAUAUGUCUGACCUUAAGCAGCAGGUUGGAACUGCAUAACUUUUUAUAAUCAAAGUAUCGUCUUAUGAAUGUAAAAAACUACAUUGGCACACAGAAAAUAUGCGAAUGAAGAAAAAACUCCAGCUGCUAUUGUUUUCCUCUUUAUUCUGCUCUUGCUCUUGUUUAGUUUGGGGGAAAAAGUGGCCUUACAAUUUUCCCUUAGAUGCAAAACGUUUGAAAUUGAGAACGUGCAUCAUUGGGCACGCAAACUCUUUCGUUCCCUGGUAAAAUCUGACUUGUGCUGUUUUCGUUUUGCACAAUGAGAAGCUCCGUAGGCAGGGAAUGUGUUUUUGAUAAGUUAACUCUGAGAGCUUUUUUUAUUUUUGUUAAAAAUGUGACAGUUUAACCCACAAGAAAAACAAAAGAUUGUAUUUUGUACUCUCGUUUGAACCCUGUGGGUUCCUUUUGUUAAUAAAAUGAUUC